AAAUAAUCCUUUGGUCUUUGAGGGCAUCAGUCUUACUGUACAGUAAGACAUCACCUGUAGUCACGUUGCAUCUGUAUUUGCACCAGAGAAGAGAUGAGUGAUCUGAUAGCUACAUCUGAUCUGGUAACUGCAGAUUAUGAGCAGAAUUCCUCAGAUUACUACAAUGAAGAUUAUGAAGAUGAAAUGUGCGUAAAGACAGAGGUUCGGAAGUUUGGAGCGAUAGUCACAACGGUGUUCUUCUCUGUGGUGAUCGUUUUCAGCGUGGUUGGGAACCUAUUGGUCCUUGUGAUCCUGGGGAAGUAUGAGAACCUGAAGUCUAUGACCAAUGCCUUCCUGCUGAACCUAGCCUUGUCCGACCUCAUAUUCACCUUGGGGUUGCCGUUUUGGGCCUCUUAUGACAUCCACAACUGGAUUUUCGGCAAAACCGCCUGCAAAGCUGUGAGCUUCAUCUUUGAUGUGGGCUACUACAGCAGCAUCAUCUUCUUGACCACCAUGACCAUCCACCGCUAUAUGGCUGUGGUCCACCCUAUGUCCGUGGUCAUUUCCAGAAAGAGCUUCUAUUGUGUGGUGACAUCUUCCAUCGUGUGGGUGGCCAGCUGCUUGGCCGCCACCCCGGCCCUUCUCUUCAAGACCAGCUAUGUCAAUAAUAAUGACAACUCCUUGCAUUGCGAGUACGAAAGCACCAGAUGGAAACUGGUGGGCACUUAUCAGCGAAAUGUUUUUUUCCUCAUUUCUUUUGCUGUUAUCAUUUUUUGCUACACUCAGAUCCUUCUACGCCUUUUUCGGCCCAAUUCCCAUACCAGGCACAAGACUGUGCGGCUCAUCCUCAUUAUUGUUGUGGUCUUCUUCCUGGGCUGGGCGCCCUAUAAUGUGACCCUGUUCCUGCAGUCUCUGGCUUACUGGCAGCUGAAGCCUUUCGACAGCUGUAAGAUCAACAUCACAGUGGACUAUGUGUUUUAUGUGGGUCGCCUGCUGGCUUUCUCCCACUGCUGCCUCAACCCCAUCUUUUACAUGUUUAUGGGCAUCAAGUUCCGCAACCAUCUGAAGCAGCUGCUGUGGUACUGCGGGGAUACGACCAACAUCCACCGACGCCACAGUCGCCUCAUAUACUCAAAUGCAAGUAUGCCAACUGUUACCUCCUUCCAAGACCAGUUUUGAAAAAGCCUCUAAGACGAAGUGAGUGACAGAUUAGGACCUUACUCAUUUUAAUCAGAACUCUCAUUUUGAUUAAGAGGCACGGGAGAGUAGAUGUGACUUUGAGGCUUUCCUAUUUUUUUUCCCUUUCAUUUCCAGUUCUUUCUCCACUUGAAUUUGGUAAUCUUUAAUAAAACAUUCACAUAUAGAGUAGAGUAUGUCUUGCAUGGUAUGGUUCACACUGUAUGCUAUGUCUGUCUGAUGUGUACUUGUAUUUGUGUCUGAGUAAAUUUUGUCAUGAGAUAAAAGUUAAA